CCCUCCUGUGUGGUGGCUUUCCCGACCAAAGAUCCUUGGACGUGAACAGUUUCGCUGAAGAGCACUUUUCUCUCCUCCCCCCCCAAACAACCAGACGGGCUAUCGAGGCGCCAGUUAUUCCAUAUCGACCCUGAGAGAAAAGAGUUGAGGUGUCGGAUAAGGUCUUUAACGGUCCUUCACUCUCCCCAAAUCUCUGUCAGCGAUGGAGACUUGGGCUGGCUUCUGCCCAGGACUGCACUUAUCUGUGGGUAUCUGGGUGAUGAUAGCCGCUCUUACUCUGCAAAAUGCCAAGGCGGAGAUAACUUGCGCAUGUUGCCCGUCGCCAGUUCAACUUCACCUGGAGAAAUUACGGCUGGGGAUGCGCACUGACCCGACAGAGGAACCGAGCACCCUAGAGUUUAAGGAAGUCGGGGCUACCGACCAAAAUAUUGGAGUGGACGACGACCACGAGACAGGCGAUUCUAUCGAGGAUGUUCCCCUGUUCCCCCAAGAUGUCAGUUUGGAUGGAGUCAGCACAACGGAACAUACACCAGGGUCCAGUGAAGAAAGUCACCGCGGCAAUGUUGAGGAAAGAGAGGAUGCUGCGCUCCGGAGAGCGAAGAGGAGCGGUCCUGAGUUUGCCGAGUUCAGUGAGGGCAGGUGGACCGGUCGGACUGGCGUGGAUGCGGGUGCUCCGGAGGAUCGUGGCUCGUUGUUAGACGGACAGAAGCAGGGCAGGUCCGAGUUCAGAUGGAACAGGGACGAAGGGAGAGGAAAUACCCGGCAGGAAGAGCCCAAGCUCACUAGCAGCACUUUCGCUCUGACUGGGGACUCUGCGCAUAACCACGCGGUGGUCUACUGGUCAGGACAAAACAGCAGCGUGAUCCUGAUUCUAACCAAGCUGUACGACUUUCAUAUUGGCAGUGUCACUGAGAGCACUCUUUGGAGAUCCACUGACUAUGGCUCCACAUAUGAGAGAAUGAAUGACAAAGUCGGAUCCAAGACUGUCCUGAGUUACCUCUAUGUCUGUCCAACCAACAAGAGAAAGAUUAUGGUGUUGACAGAUCCGGAGUUUGAGAGCAGUGUGCUCAUCAGCUCUGAUGAGGGAGCCAGUUACCAGAAGUACCGUCUCACAUUCUACAUCCUUAGCCUUUUAUUCCAUCCCAGUGAAGAGGACUGGGCCUUAGCCUACAGCCACGACCAAAAGUUAUACAGCUCCGUGGACUUUGGACGAAAAUGGCAGCUCAUCCACGAACAUGUCACACCGAACAGGUUCUACUGGUCUGUCUUGGGCCUAGACAAGGAGCCAGAUCUGGUCCACAUGGAGGCUCACACACCAGAUGGAAAUGUGCAGUAUGUCACAUGCAAAGCUCAGAUGUGCACAGAAGCUAACAGGAACUACCCAUUCCCUGGAUACAUUGACAUCAGCUCUUUGGUGGUUCAAGAUGACUAUAUAUUCAUACAGGUUCCUACAUCAGGUCGAGCUACCUAUUAUGUGUCCUACAAGAGAGACUCUUUUAUACAGAUCAAACUGCCCAAAUAUUCCCUGCCUAAGGAUUUACACAUUGUCAGCACUGAUGAGAAGCAGGUUUUUGCGGCUGUGCAGGAGUGGAACCAGAACGACACCUAUAACCUCUACCUGUCUGACACCAAGGGGAUCUACUUCACCUUGGCCAUGGAGAAUGUAAAGACCACUAGAGGCAUUGGAGGGAACCAGAUGCUAGACCUGUAUGAGGUGGCAGGAAUUAAAGGCAUGCUAAUAGCUAACAAGAGGCAAGACAACCAGGUGAAGACCUACAUCACCUACAACAAGGGCCGGGACUGGAGGCUCCUGCAGGCCCCUGCUACUGAUCUGGAUGGAAACGACAUCCAUUGCAUACUGCCUUUCUGUUCACUUCAUCUCCAGUUGCAAAUGUCAGAGAACCCAUACUUGUCAGGAACAAUCUCCACCAAGGACUCUGCACCAGGAAUCAUAGUUGCCACAGGAAAUAUUGGAGCAGAGCUUUCUUACAACAACGUUGGCAUGUUCAUAUCAUCUGAUGCUGGCAAUAGCUGGAGACAGAUUUUCGAAGAGGAGCACAAUGUGUGGUUUCUGGAUAAAGGAGGGGCCCUUGUCGCUGUGAAACAGCCGUCUGUGCCAACCAGACACUUGUGGGUCAGCUUUGAUGAGGGAAGGCAGUGGAUCCAACAUAGCUUCUCCUCUGUGCCAUUGUUCGUGGAUGGAGUCUUGGUGGAGGCUGGGGCCGAGAACCAAAUCAUGACCUUUUUUGGACACUUCAGCCACCGUUCUGAAUGGCAGCUCAUUAAGAUAGACUACAAGUCCAUCUUCAGCAGGAAAUGCACCGAGGAGGACUAUCAAACCUGGCACCUACACAACCAGGGUGAGCCAUGCGUGAUGGGACAAAAACAGAUUUACAUGAAGCGUAGGCCUGGAAACUAUUGUAUGCUGGGAAAAGACUACUCCCGAAUCCUCUCAGCGGAGUCCUGUAUUUGCAGAGCUCAUGAUUUUGAAUGUGAUUAUGGAUAUGAACGGCGUGGGGACGGGAACUGCCGGCCUGCAUUCUGGUUCAAUCCCUCUACUGUGUCCAGAAGCUGCAGCCAGGGCCAAAAUUACCUCAACAGCACAGGGUAUCGCAAAGUGGUCUUGAACAACUGCACUAAAGGAGUGAAAGAAAUGUACACGGCAAGAAAGCAGCAGUGCCCCAACAGACCUCCUAAAGGACUCGUACUGACCACCAAAGAUGGCAAACUCACUGCUAACCUGGGCAGCAACGUCACCUUUCUGGUGCAUCUGGAUGAGGGUGACUCUUUGCGCACCAACAUCCAGCUGGAUUUUGGCGACGGCACAGCUGUGUCCUAUUCCAACUUGAGCUGGACUGAGGAGGGGAUCAAACACGUCUACAAGUCUGCUGGGAUAUUCCGUGUUACAGCGUUGGCAGAGAACACCCUGGGUUAUGACACCACAACACUCUUCCUGCAUGUUACAUGUCCAGUGGAGCAUGUCCAGCUUCUUGCUCCCUUCGUGGUCAUAAGAAACAAGGAGGUGAACAUCACAGCAGUGGUCUUACCCAGCCACUCACGCACUGUCACCUACUUCUGGUGGCUAGGCAACAAUACUGAGCCAGUGAUAACAUUGGAUGGGAGUAUCUCAUUCACCUUCCCUAACGAGGGAAUGCACACCAUUACAGUCCAAGUGGCUGCAGCCAACACUAUGCUGCAGGAUACCAAGACCAUAGCAGUCAAAGAAUUCUUCAAAUCUCUACUUUUAUCUUUCUCCCCUAAUCUGGACGAGUUCAACCCUGACAUACCCGAGUGGAGACAGGAUGUGGGGAGAGUAAUUAAGAAGGCUCUGCUCCAAGUGUCUGACUUCCCGGAGGAGCAGCUCUUGGUAGCUGUGUUCCCGGGAGUUCCAACAGCUGCUGAGCUCUUUCUUUUACCUCACAAGAACCAAACAGAGGGCAAGAAAAAGAGUGAGGAGGAGCUAGAGCAGGUUUCCAAUAUUAUUGUAAGCGCACUGAACCAAAAUUUGGUGGAGUUUGAGCUCAAGCCUGGUGUAAGGGUGAUUGUGUACAACACACAGUUAACGCUGGCACCCUUGGUGGACUCCAACCCCAGACACAGCAGCUCGGCUAUGCUGAUGCUCCUUUCAGUAGUGUUCCUGGGCCUAGCAGUGUUCCUCAUCUACAAAUUCAAGAGAAAAAUACCUUGGAUCAACAUAUAUGCUGAGGUGAACCAGGAGAAGGAGCAGGAGAUGAUUGGCUCGGUGGGCCAGGGCGAAAGCACGCCUAAAAUUACUCUGAGUGAGUUCUCCACAUCCAAGGAACUCAUGGAAAAGGAACUGGAUUGCCAGGGUCAAAAGUAAGUGAAGAGGGGAGUUGGAAACGCCUGUGAGAGCACAAGGGAGAUUCCAAACUGUACUAGUGUGUAAAGCCAGAGAGCGCAACAGUUUAUGUACAGAGUGAAGUAUUACAAUGUCGGGGGUUCUCUUUUUCUGUUUUGUAAUUCUCAACACAACUGAUGUUAAUAGUUUUCUAAGGGACCUCAUUUAUACAGACUUGCAUGGAUGUCUCGUUCAACAACAUCCAUGCAGCAAAUGUCAAUUUACUCAAUGAGAUUAUUGUAAUUACUGGCAAAACUUAUUCAGUUUUGUGGAUGUAUAAGCUACAUAACGACAUCAUUUGCAGAGUGAAAUAUCUUCCGUUGAAACAUAUGAAGAGUUAUGUAAAUUUCCUAAGGAGUUUGCUUUGAAAAUCAUUUCUGCCUAUAUAUAGACUAUAAUGUCUGAGUCUUCAGUCAAACAGGGAAUAUUAUUGAAAUGUACAAUAUUAUCAUCUGUUCUGUUAAAUGUAUAUAUUAUUACUUUCUACAUGCCCAUAGUCUGAGUACCAUGGCAAUGACAGAAAAUCUGACAAUGGUCUGUUUUUGAAAGUGUGUUAAAAAGUCAAACAUUACUUAAAGAAAUCAACUUUGUUUUGCUAAGGUCCUUGACUUGUGCAUGUUACUGAGGACACAAUUUCUGUGUUGUAGAUAAGCAAGUGCUGUAAAUAGUUAUUUUAUAAUCAUUCAUCAAAGUAGCCCAGUCAAUUUUCCCUAGACUUCUGUUCUGCUCUCCUUUUCUUUGUUUACUGCUGGGCCAUAUGUAUCUAGUAGAAAGUGUUAAUCUGUUAAAGCAGGUUAAUGCAGCAGAACUGUAUUGGCAUAUUACAGAUUUAACUUCCCAUCAUUUCCUGGAAAUGGAAUGAAAAGGAUCCACGUGAACAUAGACAGACAUAAGACAGUAGAUAUUCAAACAUUUUUACAAAGAUUACUUUAAAGUCUGGUCUAGUCAUCUAGUCGUUAAACUAUCUAAACAUUAAUUGCCAUCAGCAUCACUGCAUUACAGUUUGCCUUUGAGUCAGUGGCUUUGAGAGUUCUGAUUGAGCCUCAGAACAAAAGCUGAAUUACUAAGAAGAAAUUAUAUUGUGGCGACCAGUGAUCAAAUUCACAAUAUUCACAUGUUGGGAGAAAGAUCAUGACAUUAACUCCAGAAUCUAAAAUGUUACAUUAAAGGUAAUAUUUACAUCCUCUAAAAUACCGUAAGGCCUAGUGUUGGGUUCUGGUAGCUGCUUCCGCUGCUUGAGAUUUGGUUUCUGUAUAGUAUACAGAUAUAAACCCUAAUUCUGAGCUGUGUUGCUCUUUUUUCCCCUAGUGCCACCAUGAGGUUGAAAUGUAUGGUUUUGCCUGAAAGUUCUUGACAAAUGUGAGAUAGAUUUCCAUGAAAUUUGGUACAGAAAUUUGACACUAAUAAUAACUUUGGUGAUGCCCCAGUCUUUUCAUGCGGUGUCAUCAGCAGGUCAAAUUUUCAACUUGUCCAGUGCUUUAUGCACUUUAAUAUGUUGUGCUUAUAAGCAAAUGUUAACGUGCUAACAUGCUAAUUGGUGAACAUAGGAAACAUUAUACUUGCCAAACAUCAACAUCUCAACAUUCUCAUUGUUAGCAUAUUAGCAUGCUAAAGUUAACAUUUAGCUCAAGGCACUGUUUUGAUCAGCACAGUCUCACAGAGUUGUUAGCGUGGUGGCGGACUUAGUCUUGUUCUUGUUUAUUACCCAGCGAGAGUAUGUGAGAAACAUUUAGGCAACAUUUGCAUUUUUAGCGUUACUUUCAGCAGUGGAAAUGACAACCAUCGGUGGCUGCAGAUUUUAAGUGCUGUGGCUAAUUCAUGUUCAUUUCUUAAGUAACUUGAUGACAGGACAGAUGUUUUGGCUGGUUAAUGUGCUCUCUGCAAACUAAUGUUGGUACUCAGCCAAAGACUGUGAGUGAAAACAAAUCAUCAGGGACUUUAGGAUUGCAAGUGAACAGUCUUUUUGUAGUUCAGUAAAAUCAACGAGUGGUGACUCUUCUCUACAGAAACACCCUUACUGAUCACAUUGCAUCUACUUGUGUUAUUUCAUGGUGUCAGACACAUUAAAACAUUUCAUUUAAUAAGCCUAAUAUCUUUUCAUGUUCUACUUUCAGGUUGUGAACAUUGAUUAGCCUCCCCGAGAGUCUCUGCCUUCUUAGUCAACAAAAUGUGAUAACAGAUCUGAAUUGAAUCUUUGAGUUUUAGUUAAUUAUAAAUGUAGUUACUUGUUUAUGUUAAAAAAAUAAUCCUCAUGCUACUGAAUCCAACCCUGAGUAGGUCAAUAGUAUACUGGUAUUUUAGAGGAUACAGUAUUGCUUGUUAUAUUCAACUGAAUAUAGAAUACUGAAGAUUCUUCAUGAUGAAAUUUUUAACUCAUCAUUAUUUUUGUUCAUAAAUGUACAUGAACCCCUUCAGUGCCAUGUUUCUUAUUUUGUCCUUUGCUCAGGGUUUUGGGGUGUUUGCUCCAUGCACCAUGAAGAGUGUUUUUCUUUCUUUCUUUCUUUCUUUCUUUCUUUCUUUCUUUUUGUCACUUGUCACAGAACUCCAUGACAACAUGCCCUCUCUGCUCCAUCUGCCACAGUCUUUACACUGCUAUAAAAUACUCAAACAUUUUCAUUCAUGUGACAAAACCAAAUAUAAAGACUGGAACAGUUUGUAUUUAUGUAAACAUCUCACAGUGUACAAACAGAGCAGAUACAGUACAACCGAGCUGGGCUUACAUCAUUAAAUCCACUCUCCCAAGUGCCGUCAGGCUCCUUCCAUAUCCUAACUCACUCAUUUGCAUUUACUUUGAAAUGAAGGAGGAGUGUCCUCCCAGCAUGCAACUCUCCACCACUGCUGUUUUCCCCAGUCCUGCAUGGUGGAAGUGGCCUCAAGUUGACUCGUGUCAGCCUCCUGGUAUACAGCAUGACAGUAAUCAAAGAAAGCUGGACACCUGAGUGGAGGAUACCCCAUACAGAGCUUUCCCACAAUGCUUUUUCAAAAUUCAAGUAAACAGCAGUUGCACUAGAAACGAGAGAGGCAGGGGAACACAGCACUGAGAUAUAGGCUGUCACAUCACAUAUGCAUUACCUCGAACAGAGUGCUCUCAUCUCAAACCAAACAGCCAAGCCAAGCCUUGUUACUGCAGACAGAACACACAUUGAACCAAGAUUGUUUUAUAGCUUUGUUGUACUCAACACAUGUCAUAAGCAAAGGGUUGUUUGCUUGGCUGGAUUUUGUCUGGGUGGGGGCUUUGAUGGUGUCACUUUGUUCUGGUUCUUAUUAGCAAAACAGGAUUAGGAGGAACAGAAAAAGAAAUAUCAAAAAAGUUUGUGCUGCCCACAUCUCUAACCAUACUUUUAUUGUAUUUAUUAGAUUUUUUUAUUUCCCUUUUUUCCUCACAGACCCUUUGAAGUCAUGAAGAAUGUAUAGUUUAUAACCAGGCCAUAAUGCUUUGUAGCAUCUGUUGCUGCCAAAGAGUUUGGCAUUCCUUAAAAGUCUGCAAAGAAAGUAAAGAAUAGCUACUAAAAAUGAUGUGCUUAAUAUCUGCACGAAUAAAGCACAAGAUAACUACUGGUGACAGACAUGUUGGAACUGUCACCAGUAGAAGCAGCUCUUGUGUUUUGGGUAAUUUCUGGGUGUUUAUUUCCUCAUUGUUCAUUCAGUCACCGUUUUGAUCACUGGAAACUGCUGUCUCAUUUGAUACCUUAAAUGCCACAUUAUACUGUAAGACCCAUAUCUCCGGGGGAAUCCAUACUUGAAAAAUAAAGGAGAUUCUUGCAUUUGUGAUAUUCCAGAAGGAAAAAAGCAUUGUAAUGUUCUUCAGUGCACAAAAAUCUACAAUGCAUGCAUCAUCAGUAAUGUUCUGUUUCAUCUUUAUUUCGAUAUUUCUACGGUAAAGAAACUGUCAUUUUGAAAUUGUUUCAAAUAAAUGUAUUUUUGUACAUCA